UGAAACUCACCAAUUGCUCUCUUGCUCUCUCUCUCUCUCUCUCUUUCUCAAUCAAAAAGACAUAAAACCAAAGAUGGCAAGAGCUGGUCUUGUGAUGCUUUGUGCAACUCUAGUGUUGAAUCUGGUCGUGCCGAGCUUAGCGACGGUUUACACGGUGGGUGACACGACCGGUUGGGUGACGGGGAUGGACUACACCACUUGGACGAGUGGCAAGACCUUCUUGGUUGGCGACAGCCUCGUGUUCAAUUACGGAGGCGGCCACUCCGUGGACGAGGUGACCAGGAGCGACUACGGCACGUGCACCAUCGGGACCGCCAUCAACACCGACAGCAGCGGCGCCACCACCAUUCCCCUCAAGACCGCCGGGACCCACUACUUCAUCUGCGGUGCAGCUGGCCAUUGCAGCAGUGGCAUGAAGCUCGCCGUCAGCGUGAAAGCCGGGUCGUCACCGGCGGCCACCACGCCUUCGGCCUCAGGGGGCUCCCCCGCUGCCACCACCACCUCGUCGCCGCCUUCAACCACCAAGACACCCACCACAACCACGCCAACCACCACAACCAGUUCCUCCACGCCGGUGGCCAAAUCUGGAAGUGUGGCGGUGUCGCCAGUUCCGGCAUUGGUGAUGGCGAGUUUGGUCUGUUUGUAUGAGUUGGCUUUUCUUUCAUGAUUUGCCAGGAUGGGGGCAGUGCACUUUGUCAUCUCGUUGAAGUAUUUGUGGUCUCCAUUGCUUUGGAUUUCAUCGGAUUUGAUUUUUUAGGUAUAUGUUGUCUUUCUGUUAUUGCAAUUGCAAUGAAAUUCAUCAUUUAGCA